UCGAAACUCAGCUGUUAAAACCGCUGCCUCUGCUCUUUGGAAUCCCCUCUCGAGACUCGCCCAGCGUCCCAGCCUGCAUCCCUCCCGCAGCGCGGCGGCCCCGGACCAGGACCGCGGGCUCUGAACCAUGUACACCCGCAGUAAAGUGGUGGGCUCCAGGCUCGGCGCCACCCCUGCCUCCCAGGACCCCAGUGGCGGGCGCGGGGAGCUGGGUCCCUUGCAAAGCCAGAGACAGGGUGUGGAGGCGGCCCCUGGGGCCCCUUCGCGGGAGAGCCUGGGCCACGCGGGCCAGGGGAGCACAGGUGCAUAUACCAUGAUUGCACCAAAUGAAAGCCGGAGACAUCAGAUACAGAGGAUUGCUGCACAAGAACUGUCCAACCUGGAGAAGUGGAAGGAGCAGAAUAGAGCUAAACCAGUGUAUAUGGUACCAACACUGCUGGGGGGAAGCCAGUCGGAGACUGAAGUCAGGCAGAAACAACAACUCCAACUGAAGCAAAAUAAAUAUCAGCAAAAGCUAAAAAGACAGGAAUCUGUAAGAAUCAGGAAGGAAGCUGAAGAAGCUGAGCUCCAAAAAAUGAAGGCAAUUCAAAGAGAGAAGAGCAAUAAGCUAGAGGAGAAAAAGCAAGUUCAAGAAAAACUCAGUAGAGAAGCAUUCAGAGAGCAUCACCAAUACACAACUGCUGCAUUCUUGAGCAAACUGGAUGCAGAGUUGCCAAACAGAAGUGCCUAUCAAACUGCUCCUCGUGACCUGCAGUUCUCUACACAGAAACUUCCUGCCCUGUCUACAGAUUACAGCUGGGCUGGUAACCGAACUUAUAAAGAUUCUCUAAGAGAGAAGGAAAACCAACGAUUGCAAAAGAUGAAAGAUGAACAACAGCAGAAGAGAGAUGUGUCGGUGCUUCCUGCUAUGCAGCACAAGAGUGGGAGGGGACAGAGCCCACCACCAGGCUGCUCUCAAUACAGAUCUCCAGUUGGUCACCCCAGCAUUCGCUCUGAGAGCUCCUUCAGAAGCACUGCCAACCCAGCUCCAGUUGAUCCUACGCAUGUGCUUUCCCAGAAUAAAUUACUGGAAACUAAACGACAGCAGCAAGAAGAGGAAAGAGCCAGAAUCCUUCAAGCCGAGCACAGGAGGGUAAAUAAUGCUUUUCUGGACCGACUCCAAGGCAAAAGUCAACCAGGUGGCCUCGGGCAGUCUGGAGGCUAUUGGAAUACGAAUUGUGGCAAUAGCUGGGAUAUAUGAGAAAUACUUAUUUCCAUCUGGCUGUCGUCAACUGACCUUGAAAAACCCCCACUACUUCUUCAUGUAGUUUUGCUCAGCCUCACUAUUUUUUACCUUAACUUCAACUGCCGAUGUACUCAACAGAGUGGUUAGGGAUGGCCGAUUUCUCCAGUCAUUAGUUAUGCAUGUUUGCAGGAGCUGAUUACUGAACUCAUAUUUUAUCUCUACUGCCAGCAAAAUGUUACUUUAUUUUUCUAAUUGGUUUUGCCUCUUAUUAGAAGAAUAAUUAGAGCAAUGUUAGUAAGACAGAAAAAGAGGGAAUCACUUUUUUCAUGUUAGCAAGAGCUAUGGGUGCUUCAGGCUUGUGUCUCUGUAACUAAUUCUUAACUAAAUUACAGGUUUGGGGAAGCUUUGGGGUCUUUUAAGAUCUUAACCAAUUCAGUUUCUUAAUCUAGAAUACCAAUAUGAACGAAGGAAACAAUGUUUUGUAUUCUCUUAACAAAUUUAUUAAUAAAGCUCUAUUUCUAUAUCA